AUGCAACUGAACAAUAAUGUGACUGAGUUCAUUCUACUUGGGUUGACCCAGGAUCCUCUUAGGAAGAAAAUAGUGUUUGCCAUUUUCUUGAUUUUCUAUUUGGGGAUACUGUUGGGUAACUUGCUGAUUAUUGCUACUAUCAAGACCAGCCAGGACACUUGGGAGUCCAAUGUACUUCUUCCUUUUCCUACUUAUCCUUAAUCUGAUACCUGCUUCUCUACUUCCAUAGCUCCUAGAAUGAUUGUGGAUGCCCUUUUGAAGAAGACCACUAUCUCAUUCAGUGAGUGCAUGUUCCAAGUCUUUACAUUCCAUUUCUUUGGUUGCCUGGAGAUCUUCAUUCUAAUCCUUAUGGCUGUUGACCGCUAUGUGGCCAUCUGUAAGCCCCUGCACUAUACAACCAUCAUGAGCCACCGAGUCUGUGGUGUGCUGAUGGCCCUGGCCUGGGUGGGGUCUUGUGUGCAUUCUUCAGCUCAGAUUUUUCUGGCCCUGAGUUUACCUUUCUGUGGUCCCAAUGUGAUUGACCACUACUUCUGUGACUUGCAGCCUUUGUUAAAACUUGCCUGUGCAGACACCUAUGUGACCAACCUACUCUUGGUGUCCAACAGUGGAGCCAUCUGUACAGUGAGUUUUGUCAUGCUGAUGGUCUCCUAUGUCAUCAUCUUGUAUUCUCUGAGAAACCACAGUGCAGAGGGGAGGAAAAAAGCCCUCUCCACCUGCAUCUCCCACAUCACUGUGGUCAUCUUGUUCUUUGGUCCUUGCAUAUUUAUAUACACACGCCCUGCAACUACCUUCUCCACGGAUAAGAUGAUAGCUGUGUUUUAUACAAUUGGAACACCUUUGUUCAACCCUCUGAUUUAUACACUGAGGAAUGCAGAAGUGAAAAAUGCCAUGAGGAUGUUAUGGAGUAAGAAGUGGUUUCAGAUGACCAAAGAUGAAUGGAAAUUUUUCAAAUUUUUCUUCAUAGUCUGGGUUGACCUGGAAAGAAUUCAUAGAGACUAUUAUCUUUUUAUUGUGCAAUGA